AUGUCAGAAGUCCCACACUAUGUGCUCUAUGAGCACGCUGUGGGAUAUGCGUUAAUGAAAAUCAAGGAAUUCGAAGGAUGCAGGAUUGAUUAUCCAAGAGUGGCAUCGUCAAGUUGGCAGCAUUUUGAUCCCUUCAAGAACACCGAAGCUGCUCUCGAGAAUGCUAAUGCUAUCUCCGAGGGCUUGGCUCAUGCGGAUCUCAUCAAUUUUCUCGAAAGCAGUCUACCCCAAAAGAAGAAGAAACUGGUUUUGGGUGUUAAUGACUCGAAGCUUGCCGGUUCGCUAACUGAAGCGAACGUUGGCAUAAAGCUCGUAUUCGGAGGUGUUGUUACCGAGGUGUGA